AUGAACAACGACGUCACGAUGCGACUCGAUGCACUUGUACUGAAGCUACGACACCCUCUCAUCAAGAUCCGGUCUCGAGCAUUGCAUAGUCUCUUGUUCAAGCUUCGGGAGCAUCUGGUUCAAUGGCAGGACCUCGAACCGCUGCAGACGUCGCUCGUUCCGAGUCUUCUCGCGUGUCUAGAGCCACCGCUUGAGCUUGAGACGCUGCACGUGCUGCAGCUGCUAGUACAGAGCCAAUCAGAUAUACUCGUGACCAGUUUACAAGACUAUGGAGCGGCUGAGAAGCUCCAACGAGGAGCCAACAAGAAUCCUGAGCUACAGGCGACGUACGAGAAGUUAUUGAAGCAAAUUUACGUCACCAAGUUGGUGUCGGUCGAGGCAAAACAGCGGGUUCGAGUCAAUCAAUUAGAGGAAAAAGAGAAGAAAAAUGCUGUUGCAGAAGAGAAAGUCAGGGCUCAUCGAGUGUCAUGUGAAAGACAAAAAGCUCUUAAAGUCGAUGAAUUGGAAGCUCAAGGCUGGAGGUUUGCACAGGUGACGCUGACGUCAGUGGAUGAACAGCAUUUGUUUGAGUUUGAGGUGAAACUUCAAUUAAAGACGGAGAUACAAGAUAUUGUGACGGCAUGUGCAACAUUUCGGAACGAGUUAUUGAGGAACUUUCCCGCUGAAGUCUUUCUACAGAGACCAGUUGUGUUGCAGCACUUGUUGCAUCUUGUGCAACAGCCGAUAUUGCCAGACAAUCAAACGGUGUCGUGUGAACGAGGUGAAGAUGGCGAUACUGUGGUGGAAAAAGCGAUGGAAGUGUCGAUGGGUGUGAACUACUUUGAUGAGAUGUUGAACUCGACUUUUUCGAGCAAACGAGGGAAUUUAACGGGCGCUGUAGUUAUGGCAAGUCUCAAAGCAAUUGAAUCGUUUUUGUAUGCGCUGCAACUUGCACGAAAGCCAUGUCUUGAUCCGACAUACGUGGUGUAUGCACCACAUGUCUAUGUGGAGUUGUUUGAUUCGUAUGAUUCGUAUGAUUCGCGACGAGUGCUGUAUCCGCGUGCACGAGUGGAAAUUGGAGUGGACGUGAGUAGACAAUGGGGUGGUGAAAGUGGCGCUCAAUUUGAGCAAUACUCAUUAAGUGGGGCAGUUUAUAGAAUAUUCAUUAGCGUGUUACCUUUGCUACGCUCAGCAAGACACCCACGACUUCACUUUUUGAACCUUCUCAUUGCGGCACUACCAGAUUUACCGGAGAAAAGCCAUCUGGGUCUUGCAGAAUCGAACGGACAGAAGCUGAAUAAAUUGCGUCUUGAGCGCAUUUUUGGUAUUCUCAGUGGCAUCUGCCGACCAGUACCACCGGAACAAGCAGGUAGCAAUAUAAUGGACGACGAGCUUGAACUCACGUACUCAAUGACAUGGAAACUAGUGGAGCUUGUCCUAAAAUUGCUUCGGUUGUAUCCGUCCUCUCAGUAUUGCGUCGAAAAACACGCAAGCAAAGCUGAUUGCGAUAAAAGUAGCGGGAAGACCGACGGUAGUGGCACUAUAACCAUUCCACGGCUGUUGUGGGAUGCUCUGAAGUUAUGGAUCGCUAGUCCAGUCUUUUCUGAAGUGUCUUCUAAAGAGUGGAAGGAUGAAUCAGUAAUCCAAUUUCUGGCUGAAGUUGACAGCACGAUCCCAGCCUUUAUCAACCUGAAGCAGUCGUCUCUACAGGACGCAAAGUCAAUCCUUCAUUUUGUGGAGUUUUCGAAGCUUCAUCAUGAGCACUUAGCAAAUUUUGAUCCUUGGAAGAAGCCAAGCGCUGUGACCUUGGAAGUUGCGAGGAAAACAAUUCAGGCUAGAUGCGUCUUUAGUAGUACGGACACUGAAAUCAUCCUGGACGCUGUGCUUCAAACAAUUUGGUCAGUGUUGACUGAAGGUGCUAAGGAUAAGUCAGGGAAAAUUGUCGAAAGUGAUGUCGGAACUAUUCACUUGAUUCUAUAUGAUAUGUUAAGUGAAUUGGGUGAGAUGGAGAAACCAGCAUUACACGACCCAAUGGUUGUUCGUUUUUUUCGAGGAUUUGUGGAUCUUGUUGAGGAAUUAAAUAACGGAGUUGAUCGUGUAUCAGCUGGUUGUCGACACCAAUUUAUGACAGAGGUGAUAUGUGAACCGAAAUUUGUUGCGCUGUUGCUAUUAGCCCUUGCAAGACAUGAUGGUGAUAGUGGCGACAAGACGAAUAGCGCAGUGUUUUGGAAAAUUUUACGAAUAACUUCAAGUCAGUUAGCAAACUUUCCUAACGACAAGUUAGUAUUGCUUCUGCCCGUGGUUCCUUUGCUUCAGCACUUUGCAUAUAUUGAGCCGUCGGAAGGGUCUUGUCAAGAGCAACGUUCGACACAACCGCAACUUGCUGAAGUGUUGAAUCGGCUGGAAACUAUAGUAUCUGAUCACGCCAGGAAAGUGUUAACUUGCCGCUGUUUGCUUCAUCAGUUACCAUGCAUUCGGAAAGCGGCUUCCUCUAGAGUUAUACGGUUGUUGGCUCAAACGACUUCAUCGUAUGCUGAAAAAAUCUCAAAGGAUGAAUCAGUUCGUGAAGACCCGUUUGGAGGCACAAUCGUAUGUGAUGGCAAAAAUCUAAACUUCGAAGCAGCACUUAUGGAGACCCCCUUGCCUGCUGUUCACGUAGGUUGCCGUCAACCUAGCGAAAACGAGCUAUCGUCACAACUGAGCAAGCUGGAUCAUUUGUGUAAAGUGAUUUCCGGAACGUGUUUAGCCUUUGAGAGCAUGAGAGAGGCGGCACUUAAAGAGCUGGUCAUGUUUAUUGAGCACACGUCGGUGGAGCUAUUUACGUUACUUGAAGAGAUGGACAAACUGUCGGGCCUGAUUGAUCUACUUCGUUCUUUUCUUCAAACAGAAGAAAAUCGACAUGACUCGUCUAUGGUUCAACAAGCCCUCAUCGUGCUUAGGACUCUACUGCUUCGCAGCUGGCUGUUGCGCUCAGCCAUUCAACGCGAUAAUGAUAUGAUGGAACUGCUGAUGGCGUCGGUAUAUCAUUCAUCGGUUUCCGUUCGGGCACAGAUGUACUACAUACUUCUUCUGCUCACGUGCUCUGCUGAAAAUUUUAUACCGAGCGGGAAGCCAGUUGAAUUACUAAGCUAUGACAAGAUGAUACUCAGUGGUGAAGCAAAAAUACCCGAGAUGAUUAAAACAACGUUUGGAUUGUACUCUGGUCGUUGGAUGCGAUGCCUAAUUGUUACCUACACGCUGAAACAGCAAUUGCAGGCAAGCUGUGCACUGCUAACCAAGCGAACUGAUUCGUUGUGGCUGCAAGAAGUACGAGCUAUCAUCAGUGAGACACCAUAUCGUAGUGAUGUUGGCGAUGUAAAGAACAACGCGGACAGCAAUACGUUUUCUAUAUUACUUGGCGCAGAGUAUGCAAUCGUCGCACAAAAACUUCGAGAUGCGCCGUCGCACGGAAAGUGUCUGAACGCACUGUACCAUCUGAUGACGAUGUGCGAAGCUUGGCAUUUUGGACGCGAACACUUUGUCGGCGAAUGGGAAGCAGAUUUCGAGCGGUAUUUCGCGGUACCACCAAAAAGUGAACGAGACGAGACGAUUAUUGGCUCGCUUGUAGUCACUCUUAGCGUGAUGUUCUUUGUCAUGACUCGAAGAGAGCAGCUGCGAGCCCUCGUUGUAGUGAAGCGCAAGGUUCUUCCACUCUUGAAAAAAUCUCAAAGCAAGACGUUAUCUCUACAGGUUGCCCGGUUGUUGCUCAAUGUGAGUGAAUCCAAGGUUCGUGAUUUGUUCUUGUCACUGGCUGCUGAUACCGAUAUUAUCGCGACAAUCUGCACAAAGUACUCGGCAAUCUACGCGACAGAGUCUGUACUGCACGGUCUGAUGCUUGAGGUGCUGUUGCGAUUCGCCAAAGCCAUGGACGAGGAUGUAGACAGUUACUUGUCAGCACCUUCGCGCGAUAAAAUUUGCAAGCGUUUGCUGGAGAUGCUUUCGCCACUGCUCACAGUUGUGUGUCGCCACCGUGUUCCUGGUUCCUUUUUGGAACGUGAUGUAUUUGCUGUCGGAUCACAGUGCAUGAUAACUAUUUUGCGUCUGCUUCCGCCCGAUUCCUAUCUGGCUAGUGAUUGUUCUCUGGAGCACACUGAUAGCAGCAACCUUCUCGAUGGUAGUUGGGCGUCUCGUUUUCUCUUCGACCACGUGUCGUCAAUUCGAGAGCUUGGUUUUCUCAUUAUCGAGCAUGCCUCAUCCUCGAAACCUCCUCCAACUCGAUUGUUGCAAAUGGUUUUCGAAACUUGCGCUGACGACACUGAGUCGGAUGCUGUCCGUGCAGCAGCAUGCACUGCUUUGACGAAGGAGAUUCUUCAAUAUCACGAGCGUUCUUCUGAUGAACAAGCAGUGAUGCUUGAGAUUUUCCAUGGGACCGCGUUUUCGGGAAAGAUGUUGCGCUUACUUUUGCACGCGUUGAAAGGUAACAAACUGUACGCUCGCGCUUCAAGCGCAUUUGCACGGCUGGUUCGAGUGUUAUACGUACAACGUGAUCGUGUGGCGCCAAUUUUGGGGGAUAUGCAGAAAGAGUUGGAUGCGGCUGGACAAGAAUUCGAGGUGUACCGACUUUUCGUGCAGGCGCUGUCACUCCGUGAAUGGAAAAACAACUGCGAUCGCUACUGUUCGAGCUAUAUGCUUUUGCCUAGUUGUGAUCGUAGUACAUGGAGACGCUCAUUGCUUCCAGCCAUUCUAGAUCUGAUGUCCGAAGUGCUGAAUCUCUUCCAGGCUAUCUGCCGUGAUGCUGGCUUUGAUCAAGCGGCCUUUUUCCUCAUGCAUACGACUCUGCAGUUUCAGCUGAUGGUGCUGGUACAGGAUAUCCAUGCUUCUUUUGACAACACGUUGACAGUGGCUACAAAGCGGAGGCAUUAUGGGGUUCUUGACCUUUGUGCGGGUACUCUCAGCAUUCUUGUGGUGCAAGCUUUUGACCAACACAGCAAGUACGUUUCAAAGCAGCUUGGAGCAUCAACAACUCCGGGUUUUGAGGGGGACUUUGUGGGCGUGGUCGCAAAAUUACUAGGCCCUCACCACCCGAUUGAUUUCCGGGUAUCAUUUUCUCGGAUUGUGCCAUCUAUAUCUUUACUGAUACCCGGAUUGCUGAAGUCGUUAAAUCCUUCAAUCGCCAACGCGCUUGCAUCCGUUACGUUUGAUCUUUACCGGGAAGUUGCAGAGUUCAUGCAUUUGGAUGCGAACACCAUUGUUGCUACAGUGCCAGAACUUCAGGACCGUACAUUUCCGUUAGCAUGUAUCCGACGCGUGUCAUGUGCACUUCGAGUUCUGCUCGAGUCGAGCAUAAAUCUCCAGCCGCUUGUCUGGGUAAAGCGUGCCCUACCUUUCGCAAUGGCUUCUAUUAAAGAAUCUUUUUCUGCGAUUCGGAUUGCUGGAGGAUUUGGUGGCAAGCGAGAUGGAAGUUUCAACACCAGCUCAAACACACAAUGCGCAUACGUGCUCGAUCUAUGCGGGCGCAUUCAGACACAUAUCGAGGUUAUGAGCGCAAUCGUCGGUAGUAAUAGAGAAAGCCAGCAACUGGUAAAGGGUGAAGGACUUCUCAGCGUGCUUUUGUCAAAUUGGAGUGUAAUGAAUAUGGCUCGCGUCCGUGGGUCUCAGUUGAUGUUACGUGCUCUCCAUCUUUUGGCAAACUACACCUUUGAAAACGACACUGCCCGAGGAUCAAUGCUGAUAUCGCUGCAGUCCGGUUCUGCAAAAAACGCAGGGAGCGAAAGAUCUCAAACGCUGUUGUCACGAGUGCUUGACUUGGCGAUCUCCCGGGGCGAGAUGACAUCUUCUCAUGGGCAAGUUGCACGUGGUGCUAUUGCCGCGUCCGCAGCUGAUAUGGCUGUUAGCAACGCUGCAUGCCAAGUGGCAAAGGCUGCUCUACUCAACACUGAAUGCGUGUUAGCAUCCCUCAAGACAGGGUCAAUAUCUAGACUGAUUAACUCGCUUCAAGAUCGACUCAAGCAACACAGACAAACGAGCAAAACGAAUCACCUCGAGACUGGAAACCUUGCUCACCUGCUUGGUGUGCUCAGCAACGUUGCUUCCAACAAGGAAGGAGCUCGCCUGCUCUACACUAAUUGGGCUAAUGUGCUCUCCCUCGUGCUCGACGAUGUAAUGCAUUCGUCUGAUGAGGCGAUUCGGCGUAAUGGAUGUUUGGUAUUGAGGAAUCUCGCUCUUUCACGAGCGGCCAAGAACCACUUUGCUAUGUGGGAAGCGCUGCUGGAUGAUAUGAUCGCUCUUUGCGUACGUGUAAGUUCUACACCUCACGUCGACUUGAUUAGUCUGGAUUACCUUUCAGCAGCGCUAUGGUCACUCGUGUAUGACAACCAGAAAGCGCGUGCGUUAUUGCUAUCGAGGCCAACGUCAUUACGGAAUUUGCAGCAAGUUCUGGGCUCUCAAAAUGCUGCUUUGCAGCAAACUUUUACAAAAGACAGUAUUGAAAAUCUUCGCCGGUUGCUGAUGCUCGUCAAGGAAUAG